AUUCGAGGUCAACUUUCAAGCUGAAUAAAACAAAUAUAUAUACAUAUAUACUUUUAUAUUUAUAUAUUAGAUAAUGACGGAUGUUGAUAAACUCUUAAAUCGGGUUGAAACAACCCUUAAUAAGGGACGCGAAAUAGAACGGAUAAUUGCAUCUUUUAAAUUGAAUGCAUAUGAUGUCCUUGGAAUAUUGCCUGGUAUAACUGUGGAUGAUAUCGACAAUUUAUAUCGCAAGAAAUCACUGAUGAUUCACCCGGACAAAAAUAGAGAAAAUCCAAAAGCAGCAGAUGCAUUUAAUUUUUUAAAAAAGGCUCAAUCUGAUUUGCAUAAUGAAAAUUUACGAGAUUCUUUAGACUCUGCAUAUACUACGGCAAGGAACCAGCUGAUUGCUGAAAAAAAAUUAAAAUGGGAUUCUGAGGAGGUUAAAUCUGAAGAAUUUUUAUUUGAUUUAAGAAUCCGUUGGCGUGAUAUUUUGAUUGAAGAUGAAAUUGCAAGACGGCGAGCCAGACAAUUGGAGCUGUCUUACCAGCAGAGAGAACAAGCAAAGAAAGAUGAAGAAACUAAGGACCGUAAACGAAGAAUGGAAUCGGACAAAGUAUGGGAAGAAACUAGAGAUGAACGUGUAAACAAUUGGCAAGACUAUCUGCAUAAAACUAAAAAAAGCACCAUAAAGAAGAAGAACAAAAAACCAAAGGUUUUAGGGUGAAUAAGUACCAGCAAAUGGUAAUUACAGAUUUAUGUAUGCUCUUUCUAUUUGAACAUGAGCUUUUAUUAUUUAUAAUACCAAUGACCAUAAUUGAAUUGAAAAUGAAAUUAAUGUAAGUGAGUUUUACAAUUUUCGUUCAAUACAAGGAUCCCUUUCCU